AUGCAAGUAUUCGAGUGGGCUUUCGGCAAGCGGCAAACGCCUCAGGAGAAGCUGCGCAAGCACCAGCGAGCUCUGGAGCGUACGCAGCGGGAGCUGGACCGUGAGCGAGUCAAGCUCGAGGGUCAGGAGAAGAAGCUGAUUGCAGAUAUCAAAAAGUCGGCAAAGGCGGGCCAGACAGGCGCAUGCAAGGUCAUGGCCAAGGACCUGGUUCGAACGCGGUCGUACAUCCAGAAAUUCUACCAGAUGAAGACUCAGCUGCAGGCGAUUUCGCUGCGUAUCCAGACGGUGCGGUCCAACGAGCAAAUGAUGCAGAGCAUGAAGGGAGCUACUCGGCUACUGCAGGGAAUGAACAAAUCCAUGAACCUGCCCCAGCUGACCCGUAUCGCCAUGGAGUUUGAGCGGGAGAACGACAUCAUGGAUCAGCGUCAGGAGAUGAUGGACGACUCCAUCGACGACGCCAUGGAGGACGACGAGGUUGAGAGUGAGGACAUUGUCAACCAGGUGCUGGACGAGAUUGGAAUCGAUCUUGGCCAGAGCAUGGGCGCCGUCCCCGAUGGAAUCCAGGGCCAGCAGGAGCGGGUUGCUGUUGCUGAGGGAGGAGAUGACGAUCUCGAGGCACGACUUGGUGCCCUGAGACGGUAA